CUUUUAUGGCUCGAGCCGGGCAUCUGACGGUGUAUAAAUGGCGCGCGCCCACAGUUAGCGGGUUCACUUAGAGCGUCGUCACACGCAGCUCGUGCGGGAUAUCAUUUGCCUGAAACCGGUUCCCUUAAAGCGAAAAGUCCCCCCACCCAAAGUUCAGCCAUGGAAGAUGAAAUCGCCGCACUGGUUGUUGACAAUGGAUCCGGUAUGUGCAAAGCUGGGUUUGCCGGAGACGACGCCCCACGUGCUGUCUUUCCCUCAAUCGUUGGCCGACCCAGGCAUCAGGGAGUGAUGGUGGGCAUGGGCCAGAAAGACAGCUACGUUGGUGAUGAAGCCCAGAGCAAGAGGGGUAUCCUGACCCUGAAGUACCCUAUCGAGCAUGGUAUUGUGACCAACUGGGAUGACAUGGAGAAGAUCUGGCAUCACACCUUCUACAAUGAAUUGAGAGUUGCCCCUGAGGAACAUCCUGUCCUGCUCACAGAGGCCCCACUGAACCCCAAAGCCAACAGAGAGAAGAUGACCCAGAUCAUGUUUGAGACCUUCAACACCCCUGCCAUGUACGUUGCCAUCCAGGCUGUGCUGUCCCUGUAUGCCUCUGGUCGUACCACAGGUAUCGUCAUGGACUCUGGUGAUGGUGUGACCCACACAGUGCCCAUCUAUGAGGGCUACGCCCUGCCCCACGCCAUCCUGCGUCUGGACUUGGCUGGCCGCGACCUCACAGACUACCUCAUGAAGAUCCUGACAGAGCGUGGUUACUCCUUUACCACUACAGCUGAGAGAGAAAUUGUGCGAGAUAUCAAGGAGAAGCUGUGCUAUGUUGCCCUGGACUUCGAGCAGGAGAUGGGUACCGCUGCCUCUUCCUCUUCCCUGGAAAAGAGCUACGAGCUGCCUGAUGGUCAGGUCAUCACCAUUGGCAAUGAGAGGUUCCGCUGCCCAGAGGCCCUCUUCCAGCCUUCCUUCCUUGGUAUGGAAUCCUGCGGCAUCCAUGAGACAACCUACAACAGCAUCAUGAAGUGUGACGUUGACAUCCGUAAGGACCUGUACGCAAACACUGUGCUUUCCGGAGGUACGACUAUGUACCCUGGUAUUGCUGACAGGAUGCAGAAGGAAAUCACAACCCUGGCCCCAUCCACCAUGAAGAUCAAGAUUAUUGCCCCACCUGAGCGUAAAUACUCUGUCUGGAUCGGAGGUUCCAUCCUGGCCUCUCUGUCCACCUUCCAGCAGAUGUGGAUCAGCAAGCAGGAGUACGAUGAGUCUGGCCCCUCCAUUGUCCACCGCAAAUGCUUCUAAACAGACUGUCCUCCCCCCCCCAAUAAAGCCCAACAUCUUCAGCUCUGUGCAAAAACAACCACAACACAUUUCAUAUACACUCAGGCGCAGAGCCUAGAUGACAACUCAUUGGCAUGGCUUCAGUUAUUUUUGGCGCUUGACUCAGGAUUUUAAAACUGGAACGGUGACAAUGAAGUAAAGUUAAAAAACCCCAGGUUCUGCAGUUGCAUCUGAGGACUUAAAUGUAUACUUUGUUUUCUUUGAGUCAUUCCAAAUGUUUGUUAACUGCAUUGUUUAACACAUGAUUCCAAAUGUUAACUGCAUUGUUCAGACAUGUAUUUGCCUCUGUGAAGGCUGCCCAGUGGUUGGCGAAUACUUAAACUUGGUUGUAGUAUCGCUUGUAUGUAAAUUAUGUCUGGGUUUUUGUACUUUUCAGCCUUAAAAGAAAAAAAAAACUUGGUCGUUAAUUUUCUUUUUGUUAUGCAAACCCAACUGUGACCUCCUCCCCUCCCUGUUGGAGGUUCCAUUCACCAGGGCGGUGGGGUAAGGAAUCUUAAUGAAGGGCACCAGACCAAAUGGGGCCAACCUGUACACUGACUGAAUCCCAAUAAAGUGCACAUGUGUUCCGA